AUGUGUAAACUACCACAAGAAGCUCUAUCAAAGUACUGUGGCCUGGCAAAAGAAUGCGCACUCGAUAUAAGGUAUCCUGUGCACACACUCGAGGUGAAAGCCACCAGGGAAGACCACUACAAACUGUCGCUGUUCUUGCACUAUUUACACACACUAACCUUCACUAACAAGUUCACUAGGGAUGGAAGCCAAAUUGCAGAAACUUUUGAUGAAAUCGGAACAAUUUUCUUCAAGGCUGCACACAAUUUAUCUUCAUUGUCCUUCAAGGCUCUUCAUGAGUGCUGUGAGCCGUCCAUGUUUUCCCUGGACCGUCUUGUUCUCUCAGUGAUCACAGACCCACGAGUGACCUUAGACGGGCUACUGCGAGCCAGAGAACUGGCCUUGCAAGUGGUGGAGAAGGAGAAGAGACUAAGAGCAGAAUUAUCAGACAUUGGGUUGCAAGCAAGUGAGAGGCUCUCAACCCCAGACUCUCAUCGCAAAAAGAAAAGUCGCUUCAUUGAAGACGAAGAAGAGAAUAUGUGUGAGGUGUGUCGACAGAAUCUUUAUGUGGCCUUGGUGACAAAUUCCCAAGAAGAGGCUGUGUACUGUCUGGAGCAUGCCCUCAUUUUCUUGAAGCAAAACCCAACCCAUCUAGAAUACUGCAAGCUUAUGUACACUUACAGCUUGUCGGAGCUGGAUAUAUCGCUGAAGCAGAUGGAUGAGCGGAUUCACAUCAAGAGUGGGAAAAAAUCGUCGCCCAACACCAAAAGGACAAAAACCAGGGAACAUCUGGACUCUGUUAGCAGCACUAGUAGUUCAAACCUCUGAUGGUAAUCAAGUUGUGGUUUGAUUCUUUUCAUUCCUCAUGUAAAGUUCUGCCUUGUUUUUUUGAAGAAACUAAGUCAAAGUUGGAGGUAAUGAUUGCUAACAGUCUGUUGCAAUUUAGUGUCUUUUGUCUUGUACAUUCCAUUAUUGAAAAUCUUUUGCAAAAGACAGUAAACAUGUGUGACUGAAUGGCAGUCACCCAGUGAAGUAUUUACAGUAUUUGCAGCAUAUUGUCAACAUUGAAAAUACUUUGAGAACCUUGUAUAUUUUCCUUAUAUGUGUGUAUAAGAAAUAUUUCUUUUGGACAAUCAGUACUAAACAAAGGAUUCAGUUUAGGAAUUACUUAUAAUCAGAAAUAUCUGCAAGCAAGGGGGGAAUUAUGAAUGCAAUAUGUUUCAUAAAGCAAUGAAUUAUGUAGUUUUGUAUGUAGUUUUUGAGGUGCAAAAUCCUUCUUCAGUCAUGCUACUCAGAGAUUUUGAAAGUAUUUAACUUGAAAUAAAAAGAAAUUGAAUCCUGAGCCAAAGAUGUCUUCCCUCAAAUGGUUGUGUCAUACAGAUUUUGAAUUUGCCAUGUGACUGUGAGGUAGUAAAUACCAAUUUUGAAAGUAUCAGUAAUUAAAGCCUAUAGUCCACAUGUCUGAAUUAUAUUAUUAAAAAAGAAACAAAAUCUGGACUGAAUAUAGUAGCUGUUAUCAAGAAGUGUAUUGUUUGUAAAUCAUCUGGAUUCCAGAUAACAGUUGUUGUUUUUUUCUCUCAAUAUUGACCAUUGAUAAGUUAUUGAGUACAUAAUCAAGAGUAUUAGAUAUUGAACUUCUUGAAGGGUAUUAUAACCACCUGAAUUCCAGAUCAUUGUAUUAUAAGGCAAUUAUCUGAAAGGAAAUUUCAUAAUGUUCUUCUAUUUACACUGUUGUACUUCAGAUUCUUUGUUACAAAUUUUAAUUCAAAUCAGUGUAGACACUGUAACUUUAAGCUUUAUCCAUUCUAUAUUCAGUGAUUUUGUUUUUCAUGCAACAGAUUUUUGAAUUGAGCCAUUUACAUUAUCCACUGCUGAUAUAAUAAGUUGUAUUAUUUUUUGCUUAUGAGAAAGAUGAGGUGCACACAUAGUAUACGGGGUUGUAGGUGUUACAUUUUUUUCAUGUAAGAAAGAAAGAAAUACUGUAUGUGAUACGGGAUUGACAUAUCAAAAGAACUAAUUUUUGUUUAAUAUUCAAGAGACUACUGGUGAAUUAUGAAAAUGCUUAACUGAAAGUUACUCAUAUGUAUUAAAUCAAUGACAUACUAUAUAGAAGAAACAGGGUUAAUGUAGAUAAAAACUAUUAGCAAGUGAAGAAAUGCUAUAGUGAUGAUGUCUUAUCUGAUGUUAAGUAUAAAUGAAUUAACAACAAUUUAUUUUAUGUUAAUAUUAGCCAAAAAAAAUCUUCGUGGGCAUUCAGUAUUUAUUAGUUUUUAAUUAAUUAUUUUUUUUAUUAGUAUCUUUUUUCAUAUCUUUUUAAGGAAAAAUUUCAUGAUCAUAAUUUAUGAGUAAUAUUGUAAAUUCAUUAUUUCCAACUGUAAAGAGGAAUAUUAAUAGAAUGACAAACUCACUUAAAAGAUAAAAAAAGAGGAUAAGAUAAUGAUGGUGCAAUGACUUUGGGUGCAUCUUACAGAGUCAGUUGUGAUGCAAUAAGAUAUUAGCAUGUUUUGUGGUAUAGAAACAAUUGUUUGAAACCAAAUAAUAUUUUUGUAUUUAUUUGUGAUGUGUAUUGGAAUGAAUUAUAUAUAUAUUAGUUUAUGUGUCUUUGUAGGAAAAUAAUAAUUUUAUACCAUAAUCUAGUACUAAGGCUUAACCCUCACACUUCACAAGUUGAUACAAAAGAGGUGCUGUUGAUGAACAAAUUGUGUUGCUCUACCACAGAUACGCACAUUUAUUUACUGAAGGAUUACACUUGAUGUGUUAUUGUACAUAUAAAGAAAAAUAUUGUAAAGAUUGUCAGUGAAUACAGCAUAAACCAAACUGGUAUUAGCUUGUGCAUAUUCACUGUUGUAAUGACAUUAUUUAAAGAUUAUUGUAUCAUAACUAGGCAUAUGGUAGUACUGUAGCAGAGAGCAGCAGUUGUAGAAAUAAUGUAAGUUGGAGAAACUGCUCUUUAUUUUAUUUAUUUAAUUGACAGGCAAUGAAGGCAAAACAUUGGUUGGGACAUUUCUCAACAUGUUAUGGACUAAUGCGAACUGUAAAUGACAAAGUCUUUAUUCUAAGGAAAACUUAUCUUUUUUCUGUCUCUAUCUCUCUUUUUUUAUGUUUUGCUUUUGUGCAAGGGAACAUGAACUCGCAUGUAGACUAGUAUUACUUACAAAUGCUAAAGGUUCAUGUGGUAGACCUCGCAACCAUAAGAAGAUAACAUUGUAAGUAAUUUCUGAGCCAUAAAUGUGAAGGAUAUUUUUUGAAAUUGUGAAGUUUCCAUUGCAAAAUGAAUAACAAUUGCACAAAAAUUAUUUAUGGCUCAUAUUUGUAAACUUGCAAAUUUCUGCAGUCUUUGUACCUGUACAUUCUGUCUUCAACCCUGGGACUAUGUUACUGUAGGUUCUAGUGACAUUAUUAUUGCAAUUAAUAACUGUGUCAGUUUGAUGUUUCAAUCUCCAUGGAAAGUAAUUCACAACAUGUAUAGAUAGAAGAUGUCCUAAUUUUAGGUAACUUUUUGACCUUUACCUCUUGACCCCAACAGUAUAUAUACACAUAUAUAUGUAUUUUUCCCCCUUUUUUAUGUAAUGAUUCAUAUCAGCUUGCAUAAGCUGAUUCAUGGGGAUGAUUGUUUACUUAUCUCUUGUGAAAAAAGAAAAACACAAGAAAUGGUUGUGUACUUAAGUGUUUUUGAACAGAAUUGGAAGUCCACUUUUUUAUUUUGAAUAUAUCAAAUCUUUGAAAAUUUAAAUACACAUUACCUUUUAAAACUGGGCAUGAUUCACCAUGAUGAAGCUUAGUAUUGAGAAGAGAAUUUAUUUCUCUUCCAGAAUUUAACAUUCAAAUUUCUUUGAGUGAAAGGAAUAUCUUGGAAAGAAUGAGUUUGUACCAGUCAGAAUUGACUAUGCACGUUUGCAAUAGAACAUGGAUUUAGUCAUGUUUGUAAAUGCUUUUUUUCUGUAGUUAUCAACAUAUGUUGAUCACAUGAAGAAGCAAAGCCUUAUGGCACCUCACCGUCUUCUUAACGUGCCACUCUACCCAUUGUAUAAAGCUUGUAUAUGACAUAUUUAAGAUGUUUUAAAUCUUAUCAGCAUCUGAUUUUUUGCUAUUUUCUCAGAGACCUGAUGAUGGUGAUGUAAUUGUAAUGAAGAAAAUCUUGAGUUCUUCAUGGUAGAUUCUGUCAUAGAUUUAGAUUUGUAAUAGAUUGUUGUAAUACAUGACAGUUCAAGUUUCAGAUUCAAUUAGUUAGCAAAAUCAUUUAGGUAAAAGAUAUGAACAUACCAUUUAAGAAUUGUGGAAUUUAUCAUAUUGUCAAGAUUUCAUUGCUGUUUGUUGCAAGAUUGGUAAACAUGUAUUACAAAUGCAUUUAUAUUGUCAAUAGGGAGGGUAAUCUAUUGACUUACUUGUGGAGCGAUAUUAAUGUGUGCUGCUGUAAAGGCUUCCAAUUUUCAGUUCAGCAUUCUGUGAUAAAGCAAUUUAAUUUCUGCUGUAAUGUAGCGUUCCCAUGAGAUUUCAGUUUUUUUUUUCUUUUGUACAUAAUGGCUUGGUAGAACAACAUCACCAAGAAUGGAAUACUUGAAAGUAAUACUUUUAUUUAUUGAUAUUUUUUGUACUCCAGUUGCUAUAUUGGUGGAUAGUGAAGAUGCAGGUGAGUUUAGAAGCAUCUACAUUUAUUUUUAUUUUUCUUCGUCUUAUGUAAUCCAUGCAUAUCAUUUACUCUGUAUUAUUCUUUACUUUUGUUUCAUUUUCUUAAGUAUGCAUUUUAAGAAUAACUAUGAACCUCCAGAUAAGAUUCCCCAUGUCUGUAAGCUCAAUUCUACCGUAGGAUUUUUGUUAUGAAAAUAGCAAGUAUAUAUAUAUGUACUAUUUCAGGCUACAUAUAUGACAUACAUCCAUUUUGAGUAUAUUGUCCUUAAUUUUGCUCAAACUAGAGACAACUCUAAUGCCAUCAUUACUUAUACUCAUCAAGCUUUGAGCAUUUACAUCCCCUUGUUCACAAAUACUACUUUGCUUGGCAUUAAAGACAAUACCUUCCUUUUUUAUUUUUUUUCAAUUGCAGGUGUGUAUAGCAUUGAGCAGAAGAAAGUUUCCUAAAAGUUUUAUGUUUCCGUUGCUCACUAAUUUUGCAGAAUAGUAAAGUAGGUAUAUUAUGUCAGCCAUUUCAACAUGAAAGUCAAGUAUGCAAUUCGUAUCUCUAUUUUGACAUCAUAAAUAUUUCUACCAUAUAUUAUUUUAUAACGUUUGUGAAAUGAAUGGACAAAAUGCUUUUUAAGUAUUGGUUUCUGACAUAUAUAGCAGAUACCAUAAGCAUAUGAAUAAGAUAAAUAGUUGUGGAUUUCAAGUUUGAUCUGCUAUCUGGAACUCUCCUGUGGAACACUGCCAUACAUGUUGUACUUUUGACACAACUGUGGCUUUUGUACAGAAGAUGAAUGAAUAAAACACAUUUUCAUAAUAA